GGGUUUUUUGUUUGUGUCUCUCUGGUGUUGUAAUUUGUAAGUUGUUUAUGUGUUUGCAUGUGUUGGACAUGGAUCUUGCUUUUUUGCCUGUUUAUUUUGAAAGAAAAAAAGGAUUUUUCCUUGCCUACAAACCACGUUUCGUUUCAGAAAUGGAGUUUUCUAUUGUUGCUGGAGUUUUGUAUGUUUUUCUUCAUUGUUUUGGGUUUGCUCUUUUUUUGUGUUUAAGGUUUAGGGAUUUUCAUUUUUUUAAAAUUAUUUUCUGCCAUUUUUGUGUGCUCCUCACAAACAAAGAACCUUGCAUGUAUCAUAUUUCUUAUUUUAAUUAUAAAUUUAUGUCACUUUUAAAAUUAUUUAUUUUUCACAUGGGAUAUAUUUUCAUUCCAGCAUUUUAAUAUAUUUGUAUUUAGAGGAGGGACUCACACGGGAGACAAAUCACGUCAGUAGUGCAAUGAAGGAGGAGGAACUCACAAGAAUGAGAACUGGUCAAUACUAAAGGCAUGUUACAAGUUGCAGGUAUGGUAUCAAUCUGGCUAAAGGUAUUAUGGAACAUUACUCGAAAGGGAUCCAAGAUUCUGACAAACCAAGGAAAUUGCUCGAAGAUUUUCGAAUUGGGAAGCUCAUCACAGGUUGGCAAGAUAGAAGCAGAGAAAAUGCUUAUUCAAAUGGUUGAAACUGAGUUGGAGAAGAGAAAGCAACAGGGCACAUAUAAAGGAGGAUUUAGGGGGCAGUCCCACUUUUUUGGCUAUGAAGGGAGAUGUGGCUUGCCAACUAAUUUUGAUUCUACUUAUUGCUAUGCAUUGGGUUAUGGUGCUGUAGCCCUCCUUCAAAGUGGGAAGACUGGAUUAAUAUCAUCAAUUUGUGCCAAUGCUCUUCACAUUAUCUUCUAAUCAUCAAAUUAGAUAUUUCUUCUCGAUUGGUUUUAAUGAUUGAUUAUGGUUGAAAAUGUUUGGUAAUAUUGGGGCCAUCAACUCAAUUUUUUUAUUUGCUAUGAUA